CAUUGAUAUAAAUUAUUGAUAAAUUGUUAUUAUUAAAUGGAAGCUCAAUCUUGGUCCAGCCUUAACAAGUGCAAGAGGAAUGAAGUUACACUUAACAAUAAAUCAGCCAAGUUUACCAAUGCUAUAAAAUUUAUUGCUUCUUGCAAACACAAGAAUGGAAAUCUACAAAGGCAUGAUCUUAAAGAAAAAUGCUCAGAUAUGGAAAGAUACAUAAAAGACCUUCUUUGGAACCAUGUGUCCGAAGAUGAUAUGGAUGAUGUUGAUCAAGAUAUUUCUGUAUCUUCAAUCAAAGCAAAAUAUUUUGAUAAAAUGCUACAAAUUUUAUCGAAAGGCAAUAACGGAAUAUUCUUACGCCUUAGAGGAACUUUCUCAGUUUUCAGGAUGCAUAAAGCUAUUAGGAAUGUAAUUAAGAACGUUCAUUCACUUGAAACUCUCAACUUUUGUAAGCUGUCUUUAACCUCAAAACAUUUGAUGCAUAUUCUUCUCACUGGAACUUCUCUGACACAUUUUACAUGAUACGACUGCCAUAUCACAGGUCCUAAAAUUGCUAUUAACUCCUCAAGAGUUUUCCCUCUCAUGAUCAUAAACUUACAUUGGGGUAAUAGAACUAAUAUGAUCCCCAAAAUCAUAACCGCAUCAAAACUUUCCUCCCAAAACGAAGAAUCUGAACCCACAGAAACCACUACCAUCCCCUCUAUCCCCAUAAACUCCAUACCAGAAACCUCUAUCCUAACCUAUUUCUCCACCAUCCUCUGGAACAUCUGCCAAUGUCCUUUCGUGAAGACCAUGGUAGAAAUCUCGAUUGAAUUCCCAAACAUGCCAGCUCAUAUUUCCCAUGAACUGAAAAACAGGUACUCCUCAGCACCCAUUGACAUCAGUGAACCUCAAGAGUAACUCAUCUCCAAUCUCUUCAAUCAAAA